AAAGUGACCGUGUGCCUGACGAGGUGCUGGCAAAGUGCGACCAGUGCUACACGCGCCCCUGCGACAACGGAGGAACUUGUCGCAGUUUGCCUGGUCGGGAGUUCGAGUGCAUUUGCGCCCCUGGCUUCUACGGCGACAUUUGUCAACACCGUAUUGAUGCUUGCUACGGCAACCCUUGCGACAACGGUGGCACCUGUAAAGUCUACGAGAUGGGCAGAUUUGCGUACACAAGUGGUCUUUAUAACGUCAACUCUUACAGGUGCGAGUGCGCCCCCGGGCACAGAGGGCAGCUGUGCGAGGAGGAAGUGAGCUUCUGUAGCGGGGGCCACGACCCCUGCAAGCACGGCGCUACCUGCCGCAGCCACGGCACGCAUUACGAGUGUAGCUGUGCACCAGGCUGGUCUGGCAGUAACUGCACCAUCAAUGCUGAUGACUGCGUCGACCAUCUUUGUCAGAACGGCGGGCAGUGCGUGGACGGGCUGGGGACGUACGAGUGCAAGUGCGUGGGCGAGUGGACGGGCCGGUACUGCGAGCGUGGCCCGUCUGUGCUGCAGCAGACCGAGCCGUGUCUGCAGCACGACUGCAGACACGGCGUCUGCACCGUGCCUAGAGGCAGGACAGACUACACCUGCAAGUGCCAGUCUGGUUACUCAGGCAAAUACUGCGAGUUGCUGACAUCUGUCAACCUCGUCGACAAGGGCAGCUUCAUGCAACUGACAGCGCCUGCCGUGCUGCCAGCCUUCAACGUCACGCUAACCUUCAUGUCCGAAGUGACUGACGGAGUGCUUGCUUACCUUGGGCUCGAUCGCCAACACUUGGCUGUUGAAAUUUUCCGUGGGAGACUCCGCAUCAGCUACGACGUGGGCAACCACCCCGCGUCCAACAUGUUCAGUUACGAGCUGAUCAGUGACGGGGCAGAGCACACAGUCGAGCUGCUCGCUGCCAAGAAGAACUUUACGCUGCGUGUGGACGGCGGCGCCGCGCGCAGCGUCGUCAACGACGGCGACCACGCGGCGCUGGACGUGGCCGACGCGCCGCUGUUCCUGGGCGGAGUGCCUCCUGAGGUCGGCAAACUGGCGCUCGAGCACUGGCAUCUCAGGAACUCUACCAGCUUCCGCGGCUGCAUGAAGAGCGUCGAAAUCAACGGUCGAGUGCAAGACCUCAGCCGCAUCCCGAAGCAGAACAAAGUGGUGCCUGGCUGUGGCACCGGCCUCCAGCAGGACGAUGAAGCCGCCCCGCCUGCGGAGGCCGGCCCUCCGCCUGCCGUGGUUGGCGCCGCGCCUGCCCUGACCGGCGCCGCGCCUGCCCUGACCGGCGCCGUGCCUGCCGUGACCGGCGCCGCGCUUGACGGGGCCGGGAAGAGCGGAGUAUUUUACUCCGAGCUGCAGCUUCUGGCCCGCAGCAGCACCCGCGAACUAUACAAUUCCUCCGAAAAUGCCGUUAUUGAGCCCGAGGUGUGCAGCAGCCACCAGUGUCAGGAGGGACGCUGUAAGCCGCGCCGGCGACGUCCCGGCUACCGAUGUCGCUGCAAGAGAGGAUGGAGCGGAAAGUUCUGCAAUAAAGCGCCGACUUGCCGACGCGAGUCCACAGUUACGCACCUGGUGGAUGCCAACCGCUGCAGGUCUGCCCAGCCCGUGCGCCAAUAUUCCUGCGUGGGAGGCUGCGGACGCUUCUGCUGCCGUCCAAAACGGCACAGAAUCAAGAAAGUCACGAUGAUUUGCAACGACGGAACAAAGUACGUGAAAGUCGUGAAGAUCCUCAGGAAAUGCGCCUGCACAACGCAAUGCCAGGAUAUACCUAACGAAUGAACUGAUGUCGUCUAGUAGUUACACUUGAAUCUCAGGAAUAUAUCGACAUCUGAGCCCGCAUAUUUUAAAGGUAAAGGAAGGUUAAAGUUUAUAGUGAAUUUUCACGUAUAUUGCAUGGGUUUUAAGGAGAUGGCCUGUAGAUCUUAUUUGUUUAAUUGUCAAUGCAUCCAGUUCUUAUGGGUGAUAUGGCGGUAUAAAGCAGCUCUACAAUUUUAACUCUGAAUGUGUGGAAUUCAACUUAGUAGUACACGUUUACUGCAGUUUUAUUUACUUGAUAGCUACAUUUUAUGAAGUACUUAACUAAAGGAGAGUUUGCUGACCAACCUUAAAAAAUGCAAGAUUCAAUCCCGACUGGAAAAGAUGGAAUUAAGUAAUAGAUUUUUCAACAGUGCUGUGCUAAAAAACAGUAACCAAAUCAAAAAAGGUUUCACUUAGUAAUUACAAGAAUGGCUUACAAAAUCUACGCUUUGCUGGUGAUUUUCACAGCAUUCACGUCGUAAACUAACAAUAUGUUAUCACAUCUUCUCUGACCUUCUAUCGAAUGUGGUUGCUUUUAGAGCACAAUAAUUAAUAUUUAAUUAAUGACUGUCCUGUUCAUUGGCUUGAGCGUUCCUCGAGAGGAAAUCGCUUUCGCAUUCACAUUGAACUAGAUUUUAACGCGUAACUUUUGUACAUAACAAGCUUCAGAAGUAAGAAAUACUCUAGGUAUUAUUAUUUUGUGUAGGAUAAUAUUGCAGAUCAUGUCCAGCAUUCGGUGUCAUGAUCAUCUAGAUUUGACUGUACAUUUUUUUCACGCAUGCACGAAAUAAAAUUCGCAUAUGGGUCAAACUAAUACAAUUCGAUAGAGCUCUCUUUACGAAAAUAUUUCAUUAAUAUUCAAAUACUAGAAUCCGCUUCAAUUUGGGAAUCAAUGCCAUUUGGGGAAAAUAUAUUGAAGUAAUUUUUUUUAAUGAAAAUGUAGUCCUUCCCGUCAUUUUCGACUCUUUUCCCGCUGAAUGCUAUAUGACUACUUUUCACAUGUCCCAAAUUAUCUUCAACUCCACCACAUUUCAGGCUUUAAAUGUCCUUUGCAAGUUCCAUGUUUCUUCAUGUAGUUUCAUUAUCAUUGUCUGCAUUUCCAGAGUUUUUAUCUAUAAUAAAUGAAUCGCUCUGCAUGGCUGGGCCUUUUCAUAGAAGAAAAUUUUCUUAUCGAUUCUUUUACAAAAGCGGUGUUCAGAUUUUAUAAGAAAAAAUCCUGAAAAGUGUUUACUUAUGCUUUGGAUGUCGUGCAUCGCCCGUACAUGUAGAUAGUUAUUUAGG